GACCCGAGAUUUGACGGAAAGGUAAACCAAUUCAGAGCAGAAGAAGAACUCAGUGAGUUUGAAUCUCGAGAGAGAGAGAGAGAGAGCGAGCGAGCAAGACGAAGAAGAAUGGAUCCAGAGCAACUCGACGAGUUCGUAAUGGGCUACUUGAAGAAGAAAGGUUUCAACGGCGCAGCUAAACAGCUCCAAGAUGCUCUUCACCACAACAACAACAACAACAAUGGUACUGGCAGCAGCAGCAGCUUCAAUUCCACCGAUUACCAUAACGAUCCUGAGCUCACCAAGCUCAUUCGCUCCUUCUCCCAAUCAGAGAAUGAUCCAACGAGGUACCGUAAUGGUUACAGCAAUCUUAGGUCAUGGGCUUAUAACUCGUUGGAUCUUUAUAAACAUGAAUUGCUCAGAGUGAUGUAUCCAGUGUUUAUUCAUUGUUACAUGGAUCUGGUUGGUAAAGGGCACACUCAAGAAGCGAGAGCCUUCUUUAACAGCUUCCGCAAAGAUCAUGAAAUGAUACAUUUACGGGAUCUUCAGAAGCUGGAAGGCGUUCUUGUUCCUUCUCAUCUAGAGGAGAUGGAGUUUGCUCGUUCUCUUAGACAAAGCAAGGUCAACAUCAAGAUUUGUCAGUAUUCAUAUGAUCUGUUGCUUCAGUAUCUACAUAGGACGGAAUCUACUUUAAUGCUUGGUAUUAUUAACGAGCACAUCAAUUUCCAAGUCUACUCGGGACAGCCAAACUCCUCAUCUGAUGACAUAGACGCCGUCACAAUUGUUGGGAGUUUUCAGGAGACAGCUGAUCACGUCAAUCAAAAAGAAAUACAGUGGGGAUUGCUUGAAGACUCGCUCGAAGAUCGCCUUGAGAAGACGGGAAGCCUACUGACUGAUUCUGAGAAGGGACAAGGAGAAAGUAAAGACGGGGACGUUGAUGAUAGUAAUAAGAAAAGAUCCACCGAAAUUGGAAAGCAAGGCUCUUCCUUAAAAAAGUUAAAGAAGGACAAAGCAGGAAAUGCAACAGCAAAAGUUGCACGUCAGGAGACCAGCACGGUGUCGCCGGCCCCACGUGUAAAAUCAGAACUUGCCUUGCCAGUCAUGUCAACGGAUGUUGAGGAAUCCAUCCUUGAAGACCUGAGAAACCGUGUGCAGCUGAGUAGUGUCGCAAUGCCAUCUGUCAGCUUUUAUACGUUUGUUAAUACUCAUAACGGGUUAAACUGUGCAUCUAUAUCUCAUGAUGGUUCUUUGGUUGCUGGUGGGUUCUCAGAUUCGUCAAUAAAGGUCUGGGACAUGGCGAAGAUAGGACAAGCUGGCAGUGGUGCUUUGCAGGGUGAAAGUGAUACAAAUGAUCAAGUCGCUGGACCAAAUAGCAGAAGAAAUUAUACAUUAUUACUGGGUCACUCAGGGCCAGUUUACUCGGCCACUUUCAGUCCACCUGGAGAUUUUGUAUUAUCUUCUUCAGCAGAUACAACAAUACGGCUGUGGAGCACACAACUAAAUGCCAAUCUCGUGUGCUACAAGGGCCAUAAUUACCCUGUCUGGGAUGUCCAGUUUAGCCCUUUCGGCCAUUACUUUGCAAGCUGUUCUCAUGAUCGCACUGCACGGAUUUGGUCAAUGGACCGAGUACAACCUCUGCGGAUAAUGGCAGGGCAUCUAUCUGAUGUUGAUUGUGUACAGUGGCAUCCCAAUUGUAACUACAUUGCAACCGGUUCUAGUGAUAAGACGGUGAGACUCUGGGAUGUGCAAACUGGGGAAUGUGUCAGGAUUUUCAUUGGGCACAGGAGUAUGGUUUUAUCAUUGGCGAUGUCACCAGAUGGGAGAUAUAUGGCCUCGGGUGAUGAAGAUGGAACCAUAAUGAUGUGGGACCUCUCAACAGCUCGCUGCAUCACACCUCUCAUGGGCCAUAAUUCAUGUGUGUGGAGUCUCUCUUACAGCGGCGAGGGGUCUCUUCUGGCUUCUGGAUCUGCGGACUGCACAGUGAAACUGUGGGACGUCACUUCAAGUACCAAAUUGACAAAGGCCGAGGAGAAAAAUGGAAACUCGAACAGACUGCGCUCACUCAGGACUUUCCCCACCAAGUCCACACCAGUUCACGCUCUCAGAUUUUCUCGGAGAAACCUGCUGUUUGCUGCAGGAGCGAUCUCUAAACCCACAAGCUGAUGGAAACCAAAUGGUAUCUGAGAUUUGCUGCUUUUUACAUUCUUGCAAGCUGUUGCAGACCAGAAGAAAUCAGGUGUAGAAUAUAGUCAGUCCUCUCGAUACUCUUUAUGUUACUUGUUUAUGGCCGUGGCUUUGCAUUUCUAAAUACCAACGUAAACUAACUAUGUAUGCAACCAGUCCAGAAAUUAUUUGGAGCAUGUUUGCUUUGUAGGAUUGCCCAAAAAUUAUUUGUCAUCAUCACGUUGUUCACUGUUACUUUGGAGAUAUGAAUGCUAUGUGUUUCUCCUCU